AUGAUUUCGCGGUUUCCAAAAACUCAUUCCAUUCAAUCCCUAUGCAAUUCGUCCAGAUGCAUUGAUAAAUUCUCAAGAAUGAGUCGAAUCCACACUACAGCAUCUCGUCCAAGCUCAGACAAAACCAAACUUAAAGAUCUGCUCUCGAAAGCGAAGAACAUCCUGUUUCUUACCGGAGCUGGAAUUAGCGCCGAGAGUGGAAUACCAACUUUCCGGGGAGCUGGAGGACUUUGGCGAACAUUCUCAGCAACUGAUUUGGCUACGCCGGGAGCUUUCCAUACGAACCCUUCGCUUGUUUGGGAGUUCUACAGUUAUCGAAGGGAAGUAGUGCUCAGCAAGAAACCAAAUCCUGCCCACUUUGCAAUUGCGGAGUUCCAAAAAAAGAUGCGAAAUGAGGGAAAGCAAGUUUGGGUGGUUACACAAAAUAUCGAUGAGCUGCAUAAGACUGCAGGAGCCGAGGACGUCAUUGAGUUGCAUGGAACCCUGUUCAAGACCAGGUGUACAUCAUGUAGCCAUGUGGCAGUGAACAGGGAUAGCCCAAUAGUCCCAGCCCUCAAAGGCAAAGGGGCACCAGAUCCAAAUGCACCAGAUGCAAAGAUCCCAUUGACUGAACUUCCCAGGUGUGUGAAGCCUGAGUGUGAUGCACUUGUCCGACCUCAUGUCGUAUGGUUUGGAGAAGCCCUCGACCCAGUUGUACUUCAACAAAUAGAAAAAGUUCUUGGAGAGUGUGAUUUCUGCUUUAUAGUUGGGACCUCAUCGGUAGUGUACCCGGCUGCAGGAUUUGCACCUAUGCUUGCUCAACGUGGGGUCCCUGUGUCCGAGUUUAACAUGGAGAAAACCUCAUGUACUGGUCAAUUCAGUUUCCACUUCCAAGGUAAAGCUGGGGUUACUCUUCCACCGAUUCUCGGUAUAAUGAAUUAGUGGGAUAUUUUUCCUUGAUACAAAGUUCAAAAGGACUUUCGUCCUGUCUUUUUCUUGAAAUGCAAAUUGAAGUGAUUGACUGACGUUCUUCAGAAAAAGAACAUUUAGAUAAGGUAUCUGCCCCCCCCCCCCCCCCCCCAGUAAAUACCCCCCUCCCCCAUCGCCCACUAAAACCAGCGUCCAGAAGUUGUUAGAAAAAGUAACUAUUUGAAAAAAAAGUGGAAGCACGGGACGAUACGUGAACCAGUAAAUUAUAUAAUAUCGCCAAUAAAAUAAGAAAAUUAA